UUAUCACAUUUCAGCCCUCGGUUACAGUUUCAGAUUCAGUUGAGGUACUGAAAAACAUUAUUUAGACUUUGUACUUCACGGGUCACAGAUACUUGGCUUGAUUUGACAGUGACUUCGUCUUUCAGCUUAAAUUCGCUUUUCUUGCAAUAAAGAAAACGAUGCUUGCAGUCAGUAGGUUGCGGCUUCUCACUCCUUCUCUUACAAAUUGUACGAGGAGCUUAACCAACCAGGUUGAAAAAACAUCAAGUGUCCCCGGUUUGAGUGAAAACGUAUUGAAGGUCCCUUCACAAGAGGUCGGCCCAGGAGCGACCAAGGAUGGAGAAUACAAGAAUCCUGAAUACUUCUGUUAUAACAAGACGUCAUAUUUUGAAGCUGAAAUUGAAAUGCUGAAGUUUAGACUGCCACAACCUAUAAGCAAGAAGUAGAAACCCAUGUAAAUAAUUUAUCGACUGUUGUAAAUUAGCUAAUAAAAAUAAAAUUAUAAAGUGUUAUUAUAUUUA